AUGAAAUUUCACACCUUGAUGAAAACCUCACACCAAGAGGAAUUGGUUCUCAGCGACAGUUCUUGUCCUUCUUCCAUUCUUGGUCCUCUCACAACUUCUCACGACUCCACACCUUUGAGUGACUACUCUCAUUCAUAUAACGAAUUCUCUUAUGAUCAGAGGUUUCUGUUCAAAAAGCACAAUGAUGAAUCGACUUGUUUAUCGCAUCACCACUUGUCAUUCUCUUUCAAUAAGAAUGUGAACUAUUGGCUUUUGAUGUCUCUCUUCAUGAUCAUGAUGGUAGUCCUAGUACUAGUCUUUUCAUCAACCUAUUUCAUAUCUUUAAAUGUUUUCAACAAGAGUCAAUCCUCCAACCAAAACCAUUCUCAAAAAGAAACAACUUUUGCCACCAGAGUUGUUUGUGGAGUAACCUGCGUUCAUGGUGAUUGCAUUACUGAUGUCAUUAAUGGAGAUUAUUGUAAAUGUCAUGACGGCUAUACGGAUCUCUCAUGUGACAAGGUCAUCUUUGACUUUGAUAGUGAUCAAGCUCUUCUUUCGACGAUCGCAAGUGAAGUCGUGGCCAUAAAUCCAACGAAUUGUCUCAAUCUCUUUAAAAGUUACAUUCCUGCCUUUGGACUUGAUAGCGAUUGUUAUUCUAGAAACAACACGCUAUUCGUUCAAUUAGGAGCUGAACAUCAAAUCUUUGGAAGAUACUUUAAUUACUCUGGUCAAAUUCCGUUUAAAAUCAAUGCACUUCCGAGACAAACACCACAAGCAAUGUUAGAAGUUGUACCAAUUUCUGGACUAGGUGCCAUGAUUCGAACUUCAAAAAGUUAUCGAUAUUCACCCAAUGCACAGCUCAACUUUAAAUUUUUCACAAAGGACUCACCAACCUCCAAUAACAUUAAGAAUAUCAACACUCCAGAUUUUAUAAUUCCUUCGAAUAGUGUUAAAGCAUCGCCAACAACAUUUUUGGUGAAUGUUACACAAAGAGGAUUAGCUUGGGAUGUUGGCACGGGCUCGAACGGAUUGGAUCCGACACUCCUUCCAGCAAGUUUUUUCUACACCACCAAUGAAUUUACUUGUACAGGUGUGAAUUGUUUUUUGGAAGCUUUUUUGACAGGACCAAGUAAUGGUUAUACCACUACUUUUGCUUUUGACGGCUCUCUCGUUAAUUCUUUGUCAGGCUAUCAAUUGAUCAAGCUUUCUUCCUCUCUUUUACCCUCCUCAUUUAAGAAUGGAUCCAUUCUUACCAUUGGUGCGACAUCCACAACAAACACUCUUCAACCAAUAGCAUCAAGGAAUGUCGCUGCAAGUUUUAAUGACAUGGCUACAAUGAUCAACACUUUUUAUGUGCUAAUUGGAGGAGGUAAAACUCAAUCCAUUUCUGGAGGAAAUGUGCAAAUUGUUGUGACUUCUGUGGAUCCUGUCAAUUAUCCAUUAAGUUUACUCUCAAAUUUAGCAAUUAAUUGGCAAUGCGUAGGUCCCUCUGGGAGCAAUUGUGGUCUUCAGUCACAAGGUCUGUCAGCCUCUAUCAGCAAUGCAAACCUCAUUCUUGGAAACUAUGUCAUUACAGCAGCUAUUGGAAGUUUCACAACUUUAACCACAAAUGUUCAAAUUGUGAAUGCAGUUCCCUUGCAGGUUACAUUGUCACCAAUUCCUGCGUUUACAUCAAAAGGAUCAACAAUUCAAUUUUCAGCCCUUGUCACUUCUGUGGAAAAAGCACCUUCGAUAAGUUUUGACGUUUUUCAAAACAAUAUCAAAUUGAGUGAUACCCCAACCUAUACGGCAAACCAAAAUUCUAAUUCCUUUUAUAUGAAUGCAGCAUUUUCUACCGUUAACACUAUUCCAUAUUCAUCUCUUCAAAUUAUCAUGUAUUUGAAUGGAACCUCUUUCAACUUUUCUACAACCAUCAUGCCAAAGCCAUUGAGAUUUGGAACGUGUAGAGUUUUUUCCUUUCCCGAUAAUGCUAGCCCAAUCUAUGCCUAUGAGUCUGUAUUAGCAUUGACAUGUUCUUCAACUAUUCCUGAAAAAGAUGUGAAAUCCGUUACGAUUGACAUUGUGGACUCAUCUACCAAUGAAUUGAUGUAUGCUGUAUCGAGCACUAAACAAACAUCAGUAAUGACUCGAGUUGGAGCUGGAAAUAUGAACAUUGUUUUCUCGCAAACAGAUCAUUAUGGUGGCGUUGUCACCAACACAAUUCCAAUCUCUGUCUCCUAUCCAACAAGUGUGGACCCAGGUACCUAUACAUUACAACAAUGUGUGCAAUACGUCUACGAUCGAGUACUGCCACCAUCAAACCAAACAACAAAUAUUCUGACAGCUAAUUAUUUUGCAAUCCUAUUGAACAUGUGUGCUACUGGCAAAUAUACAAUAAGUGCAUCACCUCUCGAUGUUGGUCUCAUCAACAGCACACUCUCUACAAUAUUUUCAACAAUCAAUGAAAUGAGAACAAAAGUAUUCCACUCGAGUGUGGAUGAUUUGGCUGCAGAAUAUUUAACACCACUCCUCGUACAAGUAGUUUCUUUCACUAAGACCUUAAACCUGUACAAUAAUUUGUUGUUACCAACUUUUGGUAAUACCUGGGCCAUUCAUGCCAAGUUUAUUUUACAACACAUCAAACCUUCAAGAAUUUCCAAGAACAAUUUAAUAGCUCUUCAACAAACACUGAACGAUGUGUAUGCUCAACAACCCAUCUCCAAGAAUCAACCAUUCUCAACAAUAUCUUCUCAACUGUUGGAUUAUGUAAAAACCAUCACACGAUCGUGGGAACUACAAUUCAUCAGUAGUAGUAGCGUAACAGAGUAUUCCCUCAAUUCAUUGAAAGGCAAAAUUUCCAUUGUGCCAAACAUUGCUGAAUUUUCUGGAUGGACAACAUCACUGGUUGGAAAUGUCACCAUUACGUUUCCAAAGAAUGGUCUCACAGACGCAUUUUCCACUUCACGUUAUCGAGUGUUGACUUCUGUAUUUGAUUUUUCAAGCAUUUCUUCGAACUUGAUUCCAACCUCGAGCCUUCCUUUGAUUCAAAAUAUUUAUUCCAUCGAUAUCAAAAGAGAAAGUGACGACUCAGUCCUCGCUGUCAACAAUUUACAACAACCCAUUCAACUUUUAUUUAACAUUUCCACAGGCAGCCUCAACUCCACUCUUCUACAAUUGUAUUUGAACAAUAAGGCAGGAAUCGUUUGUCGGUACUUUGAUUCUGUAUGGGUCAAUGAUUCCACCAUUGCAACCACCGUUCAACCCGUUAUUCAGAAAUUAAGUUUUUCAACUUUCAAUGCUAUCACUAACACAACUGUCAUGACCAAUACCACCACCACAACCAAUCUUGUCAUCACCUGUGAAACGCGUCACUUGACUUCGUUUGCCCUCUUUGCCGAUAUUUAUCCCUCUCCACCAUUCAUCAAUGCCUCAACCAAUUCCACAAAUACCACAAAUCUUGAUCCAAAAGAUCCAGGAGCUGUGGUCGCACCUAAUGGUUUGGGAGGAGGUGAAAUUGCCGCCAUUGUGGUUUCCAUUUUGGUUGUAUGUGUUCUUGUACCAAUCGUUGUGGUGCUGUUAGCAGUGAUAGGAUUUUAUGUGGUGAAGAGAAAGCAAAAAUCUAAAACGGUAACCAAUUCUCAUAUCGUCACCAGUGAUGCCGUUCUGAGAGAAUUCGAACCUAAAAGUAAUAUAGCCACUCAAGGUUCCUCAUCUCCUCUCUUCAUUAGUGAAUAUCGGUCCAUGAAAGGAGGUGGAUUGGCUGCACAGAAUGAUUUAGUGACUUCACAAAGUUCUGUAACUUCGAGUCCGACCACUUCGACCAUUGUGACACAAAAUGUUUUAGGCAAAAAGUAUGAAAUUAUUGAGAAAAUUGGAGCUGGAGCUUUUGGAGCAGUCUUUAAAGCAUCUGUUUUGAGCCAGAAAUCAACGGAGAGUGCUCUUGUUGCAGUCAAGAAAAUUCAACUUUCUGGCCUUUCAGAAUUGAAUGAAAAGUUUAAGGAAGCUGUCGCCAUGUUCAAGAUGAAACAUGAACAUUUAGUUUCACUCGAAGAUGCACUCAUCGAUGAAGCAAGCAUGUCCCUCUUCCUUGUUAUGAAAUAUUACGCUUACGGAGAUUUGGAUCAAUUCAUCAAAGAAAAGAAACAUCUCUCUGAAAAGGUACUGAAACAAAUCAUUGUUCAAGUAUGCAAAGGUUUAAAGUAUUUAGAGGAAGAACGAGACAUGCUUCAUCGUGAUGUGAAACCAUCAAAUAUAUUCAUUGAAUCUUUCGAUACCAAGAGGAAUAAGAUUAAGGUCGUGUUGAGUGAUUUCGGAUUGGCCCGCGAGAGUGCCAUGUUGCAGUCGAUGAGUUUUGCAGGUACACCCUUCUUCAUGUCGCCACAAAUGUUAAUAGGAUCCAAGUAUAGUUUCAAUGCAGAUGUUUUCAGUUUAGGAUGUAGCAUCUUUGGUUUGACCACAUUUGAUUUAACAGUUUCAUUGGCUCAACUCUAUUUACAAAAGAUGUCCAAUACAGAGGAAGUGAAAGAGUAUGUGAGUGACAAGAUCAAACAAUGCGGCGAGAAAUACAGUGAUGGAUUUAUUAAGACCGUGUUGGCCAUGCUUGAAUAUGAUCCAGAGAAGAGACCUAAAGCGUCUCAAGUGCUGGCCAUGGACUUUUUCAAAGAUGUUCAAUAA